AUGGCAGCGUCGGUGUCGGCUGCAGCCGGCCGGCUGCGGAGGGCUCUUGGAAGGUACCCCUCCUGGAGGGCCUCCAGCCAUCGUCCGCUUUCAUCCGAGCCCCCUCCAGCCCCGGCCAGGGCCGUACGAGACGCCUUCUUGACCUUCUUUCGGGACCGCCAUGGUCACCGGCUAGUGCCAUCCGCUUCCGUACGGCCCCGCGGCGACCCCAGUUUGCUUUUCGUCAAUGCGGGGAUGAACCAGUUCAAGCCAAUCUUUCUGGGCACUGUGGACCCACGGAGCGAGAUGGCAGGCUUCCAGCGUGUGGCCAACUGUCAGAAAUGUGUGAGGGCUGGAGGACGUCACAGCGACCUGGAGGAUGUGGGCCGAGACCUUUCCCAUCACACCUUCUUUGAGAUGCUUGGCAAUUGGGCCUUUGGCGGUGAAUAUUUUAAGGAAGAGUCUUGUAGCAUGGCCUGGGAGCUGCUGACCCAAGUCUAUGGGAUCCCUGAGGACAGGCUCUGGGUCUCCUACUUUGGUGGUGACCCCAAGGCAGGACUGGACCCAGAUCUGGAGAGCAGGGACAUCUGGCUCAGCUUAGGCGUACCCGCCAGCCGUGUGCUUUCCUUUGGGCCACAAGAAAACUUCUGGGAGAUGGGAGAUACUGGUCCAUGUGGGCCCUGUACCGAGAUCCACUAUGACCUGGAUGGUGGGGUGGGAACCCCUCAGCUGGUGGAGCUUUGGAAUCUGGUCUUCAUGCAGCACAACAGAGAGACAGAUGGAAGCCUGCAGCCCCUGCCCCAGCGGCAUGUGGACACCGGGAUGGGCCUGGAAAGGCUGGUGGCCGUGCUGCAAGGCAAGCGCUCCACCUACGACACUGACCUCUUUUCCCCACUGCUCGAAGCUAUCCGGCAGGGCUGCGGGGCCCCUCCUUACAGGGGCCGGGUAGGUGCAGCAGAUGAGGGAUGCACAGACACGGCGUACCGCAUAGUGGCUGACCACAUCCGCAUGCUUAGUGUCUGCAUCGCUGAUGGUGUCUCCCCUGGGAUGUCAGGUGCCCCGCUGAUUCUUCGUCGGAUCCUCCGUCGAGCUGUGCGGUUCUGCACAGAAAUCUUGAGGGCACCCCCUGGCUUUCUAGGCAGUCUGGUGCCUGUGGUGGUAGAGUCACUGGGAGACGCCUAUCCAGAACUGCAGAAGAGCUCAGCCCAGAUCACCAGCCUGGUGUCGGAAGACGAGGCGGCCUUCUUGGCCUCCCUGCAGCGAGGUCGGCGGAUCAUCGAUAGAACCCUGAGGCGCCUGGGACCUUCUGACAUGUUCCCUGCCGAAGUGGCCUGGUCCUUGUCACUUUCUGGGGACCUGGGACUCCCCCUGGACUUGGUAGAGCUAAUGCUGAAAGAGAAAGGUGUGCAGCUGGACACCGCUGGGCUGGAGAAGCUGGCCCUGGAGGAAGCUCAGCACCGGGCUCAGCAGGCCGAGCCAGCUCAGGACCUGGGAUUGCAGCUUGACAUCCACGCGCUCGGGGAGCUGAAGCGCCAGGGAGUGCCCCCAACCGAUGACAGUCCCAAGUACAGCUACUCCCUGCGGCCCGGUGGGGGUUAUGAGUUUGGCGCCUGUGAGGCCCAGGUGGUACAGCUGUACACAGAAGAUGGGGCAGCUGUGACCUCUGUCGGGGAAGGCCAGCGCUGUGGGCUCCUCUUGGACAGGACCAACUUCUACGCCGAACAGGGGGGUCAGGCUUCGGACCGUGGCUACUUGGUUCAGGUAGAACAACAGGACAUACUGUUCCCAGUGACCCGGGCUCAGGUCUGUGGGGGCUUCAUUCUGCAUGAGGCUGUGGCCCCUGAGCGCCUCCAGGUGGGGGACCAGGUGCAGCUGCAUGUGGAUGAGGCCUGGCGCCUAGGCUGCAUGGAGAAGCACACGGCCACCCACCUGCUGAACUGGGCACUGCGGUACACACUGGGCCCCGGCACAGAGCAGCGGGGCUCCUAUCUCAGUCCCGAGCGGCUGCGUUUCGACGUUGCCACCCAGGGCCCCCUGACCCCCCAGCAGCUCCAGGCAGUGGAGGGUGCUGUGCAGCAGGUUGUGAGGCAGGAUGAACCUGUGUACAUGGACGAGGUGGCCCUGGCGCUCACCACCUGUGUCCCUGGCCUGCGCUCCCUGGAUGAGGUAUACCCAGACCCCGUGCGGGUGGUAUCAGUGGGGGUGCCGGUGGCCCAGGCGCUGGACCCAGCCUCCCAGGCUGCACUGCAGACCUCCGUGGAGCUGUGCUGUGGGACUCAUCUGCUACGAACAGGGGCCGUGGGAGAUCUGGUUAUCAUUGGGGAGCGUCAGCUAGCCAAGGGCACCACCCGUCUGCUGGCCAUUACCGGGGAGCAGGCCCAGCAGGCCCGAGAGGUGGGCCAAAGCCUGGCCCAGGAGGUGAAAGCAGUGGCCGAGCGGCUAAAUCAGGGUAGCAGGGAUGUGCCGGAGGCGCAGCGCCUAUCCAAGGACAUGGGACGACUCACUGAAGCUGUGGACACUGCCAUGAUGCCCCAGUGGCAGCGGCGGGAGCUUCAGGCGACACUGAAGAUGCUGCAGCGGCGUGCCAACACUGCCAUCCGCAAGCUGGAGAUAGGGAGGGCAGCAAAGAAAACCCAGGAGUUGCUGGAGCGGCACACGAAGGGGCCUUUGAUUGUGGAUACAGUGCCUGCUGAGUCCCUGUCUGUGCUGGUGAAGAUGGUGCGGCAGCUGUGUGAGAAGGACCCCAGCACAUCUGUGUUGCUGCUCAGCCCCCAGCCCCUGGGCAAUGUGCUGUGUGCCUGUCAGGUGGCCCAGAGUGCCACACCCGCCUUCACAGCAGAGGCCUGGGCACUGGCUGUGUGCAGCCACAUGGGGGGCAAGGCAUGGGGCUCUCGAGUUGUGGCCCAGGGCACUGGAAGCAGCACUGCUGACCUGGAAAUUGCCCUCAGUACAGCCCGAGCCUAUGCCCUCACCCAGCUCUGA